GAAGAACAUCUGAUUGUCCUUUCGAAUCCUGUUUCCCCUCAUUCCUUUUCCUCCACCCGUCUUCAUGUUGCUGCGGCACUCAUUUUCACGAUUACCUUCGCCGCCGAGCUGGAUCUCGCGCUUCCCUUCGCCAGCCAUGCCUCUGCGCGCCAAAGUGACCAACCCUGCGUUCCGCGCAACUGCUUCGAUGUCUACCUCUCCUGAAAUCCCCAAAGAGCUCCCCGGCGACGAGCCCGACGACGUCCUGUUCGAAUCCAUCUACGGUCUUCGCAGCGUUGAGCUUAACCGCCCCAAGAAGCUUAACUCCCUCAAUGGCUCGAUGGCACGAAAAAUAUUUCCCCGCUUGAAGGAAUGGGAAAAAUCCCAUCUCGCAAAUAUGGUUCUUAUUUCUGGCGCCGGCGAGAAGGCUCUUUGUGCUGGAGGUGAUGUCGCCGCUCUGGCACUACAGAACGAGCAGGGACCGGAGGGACAGCGCGCAUCGACAGACUUCUUCGGACUUGAAUACCGUCUCGACCACAUGAUCGCUACAUACUCGAAGCCCGUUAUUUCUUUCAUGGACGGAAUCACCAUGGGCGGCGGCGUUGGACUCAGCAUGCACGCUCCCUUCCGAAUUGCGACCGAGAAGACCGUUUUCGCCAUGCCCGAGACUACCAUCGGUUUCUUCCCCGAUGUGGGCGGCUCGUUCUUCCUGCCCCGAUUGGAUGGCGAGAUUGGCACGUACCUGGCCCUGACUUCGGAGCGUUUGAACGGUGUCCAGGCUCUGUAUUCCGGCAUUGCUACCCACUACCUGCACUCGAGUGUGCUCGCCAACGUUACCCAGCGUCUGUCGGAGCUGGUGUUCCCCGACCACGUCGAUCUCCCCGAGCGUCUCGACACAGUGAACAAGACAAUGGCCGAGUACUCGCUCGGUCUGCCUUCUCUCAAGGAGGAGCCCAUUCUGUUGGCAGGUGCUCUGCGUACCGCCAUUGACCGCUGCUUCCAGUUUAAUACCGUGGAGGAGAUCUUCCAGGCUCUGGAGACCGAGGCCCAGAACGAGCAAUCCAACCACAAGGAGUGGGCCAAGAAGACCCUGGAGACUCUUUCGAUCCGUUCUCCUACCUCGCUCAAGGUGACUCUGCGCCAGCUGCGUCUCGGCAAGAAGUGGAGCAUCUCAGAGACAUUCCAACGCGAGCAUGAGAUCUCUGCCAACUUCAUGCGCCACCCCGACUUCGUGGAAGGUGUCAAGGCCCGUCUGAUGUCCAAGCCCCCUCGCCAGGCUGAGUGGCAGCCCGCUACUCUGGCGGAGGUCUCUCAGGAGGCCGUUGAUAAGUUCUUCACCAUUCCCGAGGGUGAGACCCGUCUCCCGCUCGUGAGCAACAAGGACUACACCCGCUACCCGCACGAGCGAUUUGCCCUCCCCUCGGAGAGCGAGAUUGAGAAGUUUGUGCGCGAGCAGGGCGAGUCGAGCCAGCAGGUCAUUAAGGAGUUCGCCCGACGGUCGAACCAGAAGGAGGGUGUCCAGGAGAAGGUUGCCGAGGUCUUGAGCAGACGGACACAGAACACCGCCGAGGGCUAUCGGUGGGUAUAAAGAGUGAG